AUGAUGGGUGUUGCUUCAACAAUAAUGGCAUUUUUUACAAGGCUUGUAUUUGCAACACAUGCAAUUGUUUCAAUUGGAUUAUUAAUUAUUCUAACGGAUAGUUAUAUGUUUUUAUAUUUGGCAAUUCCAAUACUGUUAUUAUUUUUUGAGGCAAUAUUUACGGUGGUCAUUAAUUCAAACAAAGAAUGGAAAUGGUUUUGUCCAUCAAUAUUUUUAUAUCUUGCAAGUGUUGUACCAGCAAUAAUAUUUCUUGAAUUAUACAGAAGAGGAGAAAUUCCAGAUAUUAUGAAAUCAAAUAAAACAUUACUACCAUUACCAAUCAACGAUCGAGAACUUAAUUUAAAGGGAUUAUCAUCAACAAUAUCAAAUGAAACUCAAAGAAUUGUAGAUAUUAAUUUGACAGAGAUACCAAGUGAAAUGGGAAUCGACAUUAUUGGACAAGCCUUGAUGCUAAUAUUAAUUUUGGGUCGUUGGUUAUUACCAAAGGGCCAAUUAACACGUGAUGAACUGAGUCAACUUUUGUUGGUUUACAUUGGUACAUCUGCUGAUAUUAUUGAAUUUUUUGGAUCAACAAGAGCACCACCAAUAUCAACCGAUAAAAAUCUUGUUCUUCUUGUAAUGUCUAUUUGGACAUGGUGUCUUUUACAAUUUACCAUUGUUUUGACAUCAACAAAAUCAAAAAAAAAAUCAACAAAUAAUUCUUGUAGUAAUAUUGAAAUUUGGACAAUCAUCUUCAACAUCAUGCUUCAAGAUGGACCAUUUUUAGUCUUUCGAAUGAUUUUAAUAUUCCAUUAUGGAUUUAAAGAUUAUACUAAUUAUUUUUUUAGCAGUAAAAAUGUUCUUGUUAUAUUUUUUCAAUUUUAUCGACUUGUUAUUGUUUUGAGUGAAACGAGACAAAAAAAUUUACGUAUAAAAAAAAAAUACAAGAGAAGAGAAGAUUUAUUGCCAAAAAGUUUUGAUGAUGAAAUUGAAAAUCCAAGCGAGUCUGAAAGUGAUUUAGAAAAAAGGUAA